AUAAAUAAAAGUUUGAUGACAUUUUGAGAUGACGUGUCGUUGUUAUUUUAUUUUGCUAUUUGUCUGAGUCUGUGUUUAUCAAUUUUUUGGUUAAAGGCCGGCGCCGGAAUUUUUGCAAAAAUUUCAAUUAGUCGUCGUAAAUUAUAAUUAAAAAUGAGUUUGGAAAUUGAAUCAAUGGUGCGCUACGCGUCACCUAUAAAUCCAGCAGUGUUCCCACACCUGACCAUGCUGUUGCUGGGCAUAGGUAUAUUCUUCACCGCAUGGUUCUUCGUAUACGAAGUCACAAGCACGAAGGUGUCCAGGGAUUUGUUCAAGGAACUUCUGUUAUCAUUAGUGGCUGCCCUGUUCUCUGGCUUUGGUAUUUUGUUCUUGUUGUUAUGGGUGGGUAUAUAUGUGUGAUAGUGUUUAGUUAAUAUCAUUCCUUGUUGAAAAUGUCUGAUUUUGUAUAUUUUAAGUAUAAUUAUUAAAAUGUAAUUUUAUGAAA